AUGUUUAUAUGUCAUCAUUGCAGCAUCUGUCUAACAAUUCCUACAAGCGAUACAUUCAUUAUGACAGCCCCUGACAGUCUCCUCGACAACCUGAUGCCACAUCAAAAAGAUUCGCUCAACUCGCUCAUGUGGCGAGAAAUUCAAGCCCAACCUGGAGGAAUUCUAGCCGAUGAGAUGGGGCUGGGAAAAACACGAUCCAUGAUUGCGCUGAUUAUCCAGAGGAAACUGGAAAUGAAACAAAAACGGCAGGAGACAGUAUGGAACGAUGAAAAACGAGUAGAUGUUGCAAAGAAACAUGGGUUGUGUCCGUUGGAAAACACUCUUAUAGUCGUACCACCGAUUUUGGUGAACUAUUGGGUAGAAGAAGUGAAACAUCUUGCAGCUCCGGAUUUUAUUUCGAUUUUCGUUUAUACUGGGAACAAGAGUGGACAGUUGACCCCUGAGAGCCUUGGCUCAUUUGACAUUGUGAUUGCAACAUACCGCCUGGUAUCAAAGGAAGUUCUAAAGAAGCCCACAAGUUCAAGAGACGAGGAAAUUGAUGACGAUGCAGGUAAGCCACACUCUUAGCUUCAUAUAUUUGUAACAUGAAAAAAGAGAACAUCUUGACUGAAAUAUGAGUGAAAAGAGGCGGAGCUUCAGAAAUCACGCCCAACUUGUGGGCUGCCCAACUUUAAAAUCCCAAUUAUAAUUUGUUUUUUUUUCAGAAAAUGAUGGAAAACACAACACAAUUCUGCUGAACGAAGACUCAAUUCUCGCUCGCAUUGCAUGGAUGCGCAUAAUUCUCGAUGAUGCUCACUUCACAAAGAAUACAAGCUAUUUGCUUGCUCUCAUCCUUUUCUAGAUGGUGUCUCACGGGAACUCCGAUUAAUAAUAACUUAUGGGACUUAUUCAGUCUUGUUAGGUUCCUGUCGUCUUCCAUUUCUUCGUGAAGCUGUAUUCUGGAAACAUUGUGAUUGCAAUGCCAGAGUGGGUCAGAUUUUGCUACUCUCAUUAGAAUCCGGUGGAGUUGGACUCAACCUGACCAGCGCAAGUCAUAUGAUUAUGAUGGAUGUCCAUUGGAAUGCUGCUCUUGAGCAGCGAAUAUACGAUAGAAUUCACCGAAUUGGACAAGUGAGAGAUGUCUUCAACCAUAGGUAAUUUGAACCAAAAUAUUAAUUUCAAAAACAAAAUUGUUCCCGAAAUUGUAUUUAAAUUUUAAAAAUUAGAUAUUCCGAGUAGAUUGCUUUCGUUUUUGAAAAAUUAGAUUUUAUACAAGAUCAAUUUCGGACUUCCGUGUAGGCGCCUAAACGCUUGCUUGUAAAAAAAUAAGUUUCCAGCCGCCAACUAACUUUUUUUCAAGAAGUUUAUUAUGAAAUUCGGUGUUUUCAGACAAUUUAAAUCUAAUAAAGCAAUAAAAAAAAAUUGACUACACCACCAUGAGGUUUCAAAUUUAAUUUAUAACCGAAGAAAAAUAGAUUUUGGGCUAUUUCAGUUUUUUCGUGCUGGUACCUUUUUCAAUUAAAAAAAACAAUCCGCUGAAACUUAUUCAAAUUUUGCAGACUGAUCGUGAAGAGGACAAUCGAAGAAAGAAUCAUUGAAUGGCAGAAGAAAAAACUACACAUGUGAUUGUGAUUGCAAUGCCAGAGUGGGUAGAUGUUAUUGUGAAAACCGUCAUUCUCCGUAGAGCAAAAAUCAUCAGUGCAAUGUGUCCAAACAGUCUAUUGCCAAUUUGAAAGAUAUGUAAAUAAUUUGCCAUGAGCUGCAAAUGGAAAGGUUCGAGGAAUCUGCUUUCAAUAUAAUGGUCAAGGCUGCGGAGAAACUUUCAAAAAGGAUCGACAAAGAUAAUAAUAUUCUCGCAAAUCCAUCCAUUGUGGGACCACGGGACAUAAGCCAAUGUGAUGUUUGGAACAUGCCCCUAGUUUGCUAUCACUUUUAACGCAUUUUCGCCAAGCCUGAGUGCACUUCUACAUUGCAAAACAUGGAUUGGACAUGAAGACGUUUGAAGUCAACAACGUUGAAAAAGUGCAAAAAACGACGGAACAUGGAGAGAGCUGA